AUGCAAAUAGAUGAAUUGCCGGUUGGGCAGUCAAAAAAGAAUUUUAUGUUAGAGGAGUUUCCACCAGAUUUUGAUCCUCAAUAAUAAGAAAAAGUCGAUUUACCAUUAAAGUAACGAAUUAAAUCUAAAGUUUGGAAAGUAAGGCUUUAAGCUUAUGAUGAAUUAGCAAACGAUGAAGAAAUGGAUAGUGAAUGUGUCAUAUAGAUAAUAUAGGAUAUUCAUAUUCAAUGCUAAGAGAAAGCUCUUUAGAUAGCAUCAAAAUAUUUUGAAAAACAAAACUAAAUAGAGUGUUCAUAUCAAAAAGAAAUUAUUAAGGUUUUAUUAGAAAAAGUAUUAACACAACCUAAAUUAAAACAACUUGGUCUUCAAGUUUCAACUUAACUUUAUCCAAAUUGCAAAUCCGCUUUUUCUGAAAUCAUAAUAUAAUACCUAAUUCAUAAGAACCCAAAAGUUGUGUAAGCAACAAUCGCCUUGUUAAUAGAAUUGUUGCAAUAAUUUGGACUUAAAAAAUUAGAUAAUUUAAAACCUUUUUUUCCAGUAAUGUCUAAGCUAACUGAAGCCUAAUAGAGCACUGUUAAAGCUGAUGCUAUUGCAUUUUACAGGGAAGUGACCAAAUGGUAUGGAAAAAACAUAGAAGCCUUUUUUGGAGGGUUAAAUGAAAAAUUUCAACUUGAACUGAAAAAAAUAGCUGAAACCAUAACUGAAGUAUAAAAGGCUCUUAAUCAAGAAGAAGAGGCUGAAACAAAUAAUUAAGAACUGUAUGAUUUGGUAGAUGCCGUUGAAGUGUUUUCAAAAUAUACAGAAACAUGGUGUGAAAAAGUAUUUUAAUUAGAAAAAUGGUAAGAGAAAAAGGAACAAUUAGACAAUCUAUAGAAAUCAUGUUCUGUUCCUAAAAUACAGCCAUCACCAAAUAUAUAUUCAGUUGUAUAAUUAUUAAAGAAAUUGUUGAAUGAAUAAUAAAUGAUUAUAAGUACUUAAUGUAUCAAGAUAAUUGGAUGUAUGGCCAAUGGAUUAAGAAAAAACUUUAAUUAAUAUGCAAAAAUAAUUAUGCUCCCUGUUUUGACUAAGUUAAAAGACAAAAAACAAAAUAUUGUAGAUGAAACUAUUUUUACUAUUAAAAAACUGUUUUACAGUUGUAGUCUUGAUGAAUUGUUCGAAGAACUAAAAGCCUUAUUGGAAGACAAAGCUCCAGGUCCAAAAAUUAAUGUUUUUAUCAUUAUUGAACAUUAUUUAGAUGAGACACCUAAAGAUAAAUUGAACAAACUCUUGUGUAUUAAAUAAUUAGUGCCAAUUUGUAAGAAAUUUACAGAGGAUGGUAAUGCGGAUGUAAGAACAAAGUCAAUCAUGUUGAUGGCUAAAAUAUCUGCUAAAUUAUAUAAUGGGGCUCUGUCUAUUGAUUUAAAAGGGGACAAAUAUACAAAAUAUUAAAAUUAAGUAAAUAUAUAUAUGGAAGGAAUAAUUGCAUCAUCAGGAAAAGAAGUCCUAUAAUAAUAAAAUCAACAACAACAAUAAUAACUUCAACAACCAUAACAAUAAUAAUAAUAAUUAUUAUAAAAACAAUUAAUACCUAAUAAAGAAAACUUACAAUUAUAAGUUACAAAUACAAGUAAUAAUUCUUAAAAAUAAUCUAUUUAAUCUAAAUUGAAUAAGUCACUUUCAAUUAACUAACAAAAUUAGAAUGAUGUAUAAUAAUUAUAAUAUUCAACAACAAUGACUUCACUUCAGGUUGAUGCUUUCUUAAAAUAGUAUAAGUCAAUUAAAAAUAAAGAUUAAAGUGAAUUAGGAAAUAUUUUACUAUAAAUAACUUAGUAAUCUAAUUACAUUUUAAGUGUAACUAUGGAAUUUAUUAUUGACAAAAUGUCAGAGUAAAAACCUUUAUGUUAUUAAUUAUUUGAUAAAAUCGCAUAGGCUUAUUAACCUAAUCAUCUAACAUAAUUAAUUACAACCUUUAAAAAUGCCUCUACUUAAAGUUAGCUCCUAGAAGUUCUUAAUAUUUUGUUAAAAUACAUACCUUAAAGCGAAAAAAAUAUAGACUAGUAGCUUAUUUCAGAAUUUCUUAAGACUUAUUAGCAUCAAUCUAAUUUGAAAACAAGAACAUUGGUUCAAGAAUGCCAAAAUGCAUUAAAAUUAUUAUUUGAAGUGAAAAAAGUCUAAACAGAGGAAAAGAAGAUGAUUCCUUUUCCUUUAAAUACAUUUAGCGAUUAACAUUUUGAGCGCAUAAAAACUUAAUUAAAAGUACCUCAAAUUCCUUAAGCGCUCUAUGAAAAAAUGUUUAGUUAUAAUAUAUAAUAAAACUAACAAGCAGCUGCUUAUAUAAAAGCCAAAAUUACACAACCAGGUGAAUUUAGCGAAAUAUUUUUUAAAUGGGCUUAUAUGAUUUCUUGGAUGAAAGAAAAUAUUCCUUUACAAUAAGAAAUUUCAUAGUUAUUCUAAAUCUUAAUAACCUAACAUACACCUACAUUCUUAGAAUAACAGAUCAUAUUUUCAUAUAUUAAAAUGUUGAUAUUGAUAUAUUUAAGGGCUGGAGUUCCAAAACUAGCAUAAAGAACAUUGCCCUUAUUAAUGAAUUUACUGAGUGAAUUCAAAAAGUAUUAUGUGUAACAGCCAAUAUCAAUAGUAUUUGAAGAUUUUGAUGAAUUAUCCAAUUAAUAAGCAAAUAAAGUCAUAUAAAUUAUGGCAGACAAUGCAAAUGAUUGGAAUAUUUGCAAUACUCUUUAAUAAAAGUAGCUUAUUGCCUUGUUGAUAUCUUAUUUAUGGAAAGAAGAGAGUGUAAUCAUUCCUAAAUAAACUGUUUAAGCAACUUCUCCUUAAUUUUAGAAGUCAUAGAUAAUUUAAACAUCGUAAAACAAUGAGAUCCCAUAUAAAGAUCAAAUUUAAAAUUGUUAAAGGUUUAAUCCUUUAUUUGUUGCAGAAUAAUCUAAAACAGAAUAAACUAAUUCAGAGAAAAAGAAUAUUUAACCCAAAAGUACCCCCUAUAAUGUAUAAGUUAACUCUUAGAUUAACAGUGGAAAUAUACAAUAACCACAAAAUUCGAUGGAAAUUGAGUUAGAUUAAAAUAUUAAAAUAUUUUAGUAGUUAUACUUUAAGUAUAAAGAAACCAAUAAUUUUGAAAAUCCCUAAUUACUAGCAGAUUAAAUAAUUGUAUUAUUAAACAAUUUUAUGAAAGAAUAAUCAUGUGAUAAACUAAACUAAUUAUUAGAAACACUUUUAUAUAUAUUAUCAACAGGCUAAUUCUUGAAGUUAAUAUCAUAUGAUAAAUUCUAUAUCAUAUUUGAUACAUUGAUUUUUAAAAUGGUAGAGGAAUCAACUAAAGUAGGCAACAAAGAUGGGGCUCAAAGAAAUUGUUAUAGCUUAAUUAAUCAAAGCUUAAUAAAGAUCUUAAAUAAUUAAGAACUACCUAUUUUGUAUUUAGGAUUUUUAGAUUGUUUAAUAAAAGUGAAAGAAACCUAAAAGCAAACAAAAUAAUUUUAUACUUUAAUAACAAAAUGCUUAAGUAAAUCAGUGGGAUAAGUUAAAAGCUAAUUUUAGUGGUAAUAAUUAUAGGCAAUUUUAGAAAAGAUAAAUAGAUAUUUGCUAAUAUGUGAAAAAUAAGAGCCUAAUCAAGAAUUUUAAGAGUCUCAAGAUUUCCUAUUAAAAGCUCUAAAAUCUACAGUGAUAUAUUUAUUGCAUUUUAAUGAUGGAGUGAAGGUUUGUUAAUAUAUUACUUAAUUAACAAAUGAAUAAUCUGCUUUGAGAUAAUGGUUGUUAGAGUUUUAAGAAAAUAAUGUAGCAAAAUAAAAAAGAUCUAGAGAUACUCAUAUAAAUUAGAUUAUUGAAUUACUAAAAAUUGAUUUCGACAAGACUGUAGAACAAUUUGUAUCUAUAGUGAGAAGAUAAAAUAUUGAUUGGAAACCUAUGGUUGAAUUUUUGAGUGAGUAAUAAAUAAGAUUCAUUGAAUUAAGGUUAGAGUAGACUAAUCACAUGAAUCUUUUGGAGAAAAAAGUCGGGGAGUUGGAGAAAAUGCUAAAUUAAUGA